CUCUGGUCAUCCCCUGUACUGUGUCCGCAGUCUCUGGUCAUUUCCUGUACUGUGUCCGCAGUCUCUGGUCAUCUCCUGUACUGUGUCCGCAGUCUCUGGUCAUCCCCUGUACUGUGUCCGCAGUCUCUGGUCCAUCUCCUGUACUGUGUCCGCAGUCUCUGGUCAUCUCCUGUACUGUGUUCGCAGUCUCUGGCCAUCCCCUGUACUGUGUCCGCAGUCUCUGGUCAUCUCCUGUACUGUGUCCGCAGUCUCUGGCCAUCUCCUGUACUGUGUCCGCAGUCUCUGGCCAUCUCCUGUACUGUGUCCGCAGUCUCUGCUCAUCUCCUGUACUGUGUCCGCAGUCUCUGGACAUCCCCUGUACUGUGUCUGCAGUCUCUGCUC